AUGUUGCACAUAUCAAUCGUAGCAGUGACGGCCUCCUUGGCUCUGGUACUUAGUGCCAAUGCCCAGGCAGCAUUAUAUGCUCAGUGUGGUGGGGAGGGCUACUCGGGUCCUACCUCGUGCGUCGCUGGAGCUGUCUGUACAGUUUGGAAUCCAUGGUACUCGCUUAGAUCAAUGCGUCCCUGGAACAAGCACUGCACCAGGCACUGCGCCAAGUACGACAACAACGACAACAACGACAACAACGACAACAACCACAACAACCACAACAACGAGCACCGCUACACCCACCGGGCUAAAGUACUUCAUCACUUUGUGAGUUACCCUAAGCUUCCUAUCGAACGUUCUUGGGCUCAUCCAGCUAGUGGCGACUCCUACUCGCAGACCGGAUUCGACAUCAGCAGCACCAAACCCUCCGCCUCGAAUCCCCUCGGGAACCCUACUUUGCCAGGAUGGACCACGAGUGGAGGCUUGAAUUGGGUCGGGUUCCUCGUCUCAAAAUAUAACACGUCCCUGACUCUGUCAUACAACUUUGCCUACGGUGGGGCGACGACCAACGCCAGCCUUGUUGCUCCAUAUACCUCGACUGUCCUGAGCUUCAUCGAUCAGGUCACCGAGUUCACCAACAGCAUCGCCUCGAAGCCCUCUUAUGCGCCGUGGACCAGUGGAAAUACUCUCGUGGGCGUCUGGAUGGGCGUGAAUGACGUUGGCAACUCGUACUGGCUGUCUAAUAUCGACGAGCUUCUCCUUAAGAUUAUGGAUAGCUACUUUGGGCAGCUGCAGAUUCUCUACGACGCUGGAGUGCGGAACUAUGUGCUGCUCGGUGUUCCUCCAAUCAACCGCUCCCCACUUAUGCUUGCCCAAGGCACCGAUGUCACUACCGCGGAAGCGGCAGUGAUCGCAAAGUACAACAACCUGAUCGCGACAUAUCUCGCCCAAUUCAAGUCCAAGAACAGCGGUGUCACGGCAACAGUUGUGGAUACACAAGCGCCGUUCAAUCAGGCAUUGGAUAAUCCCACGGCCUACGGUGCGCCCGAUGCCACCUGCUAUAACAGCGAUGGCACAAGCUGUCUGUGGUUCAAUGACUACCAUCCUGGCAUUGCCAUCCAGGACCUCACGGCACAGGCUGUGGCUUCUGCGCUGAAGGAGUUGUUUUUCUAG